AUGUUGCUGUGCUUUAAAUUGUGUAGCAACGUAAGUUAUAAAGACAAACCUUCAAAGUACAAAAACUGAUUUUUGUGUCUUCAAAGUUUCCUAAUCAAUUUUCCUGCCCUCACUCCCUCCAUCCACCUUUUCCCUCCUACCUCCCACCUCCCAUCUUGGGAUCAGGUGACCUCUCUGAGAGCAGUGAAUCUUUUGGGAUUAGCCUCCAACCAGCAUACUGACUGCACACAACUCACCCACUCACAGAUGGCUUUAGUCUGCAAACACUAGGAAACUAACGGUGUUCAUAGUAUUCUUGUCAUCAUGGCGUCCCUGGAUGAAGAGCUGACCUGUUCUGUGUGCCGAGACAGCUUCGGCCAAUCCCAGCCCCUGCCCUGUGGUCACAGCUUCUGUCCUGCAUGUGUCCGUGAGGCCUGGAGCAGCCAGGGUGAAGGAAAAGGUCGUUUCACCUGCCCCCAGUGUCAGGAGGAGCAUGACGAAGUGCUGUGCGACUGCUGCCCUCCUGAGGCAGAGAAAGGACAACCACCAUUGGCGAUUAAGACCUGCCUGAGGUGUGAAGUGUCACUGUGUGCCGAACAUCUCCUCCCUCAUCUCGAGAGACCAGCGUUUAGCACCCACCUUUUAGUGGAUCCGCUGUGGGAUCUGUCCCAGCGCAGGUGCCCGGCGCACACAGAGUUGUUCCGCUACUACUGUGCUGAUGAGAGAGUGUACGUGUGUGGUGACUGUCUGCUGGAAGGAGGCCACGCUCAGCACAAAGUGAAGGCACUGAGACACGUGGAGGAGGAUCUGAAGGUCAUUCUUCAGACACUGCUCAUAAAAGCAGAGGAGAAACUGAGAGAUGGAGAGCGAAUCCUCAAAGAGCACGAGAAUAUUGAUUCCAUCAUAGCUGACUCUCUGAGGCACGACGACACCCAGGUGGAGCAGCUGAGCUCUGACCUGCAGGUCCAGGUCAACAAGCUGGUGAUGGCUCUGAGAGAGAUCACCAAGAGGGAGAGACAUCAGGUCAUGGAUCGUGUGCACGAAGACUGCUCCAAAGUGAGGGAUCACAUGCACCAGACGCUGAGAAUCCAACACUACCUGGCCCUACUGCUGGCAGAGACAGACCCUUUCCUACUCAUCUGGGCCUUUCAGUCAGAUGACACAAAGUUAUUAGCUGACCUGAACAGUCCACUUUACAUCCCUGAUCCCAUCAGUGUGGACAGGAAACACAUUCUGGAGGACAUUGAGUGCAAGUACCGCAAUUUCAUCACUGCUACCCUCCGCUGUCUCAGCGAACUCAAGAGGGAACUCUUAACCAGUCCUCUGACUCUGGACACAAACACAGCUCAUCCUCUGUUGAGCAUCUCAGAUGACCUGCGCUCAGUUGCACGGGUUAAAAACCGCCUGCCCUGCGCAGCUCAUCCCGAACGUUUUGACCACUGGCCGCAGGUCCUCACCGUCCAGACCUUCUCCUCCGGGACUCACUACUGGGAGCUGGAAGCUGAGGGAUUCUGGGAUGUUGGCAUCUGCUACCGAAGUAUUGGACGGAAGGGCAAGGAAGGCAAUGCAUUUGGGAACAACAAGGUUUCAUGGAGCUUGACACAGCAGCACGACAAAAAGUUAGCAGCCUGGCACAACCGCAGGAAGACCCGCCUCACAUACCAAAUGAGUGGCAAUCGAGUCGCUGUAGCCGUGGACUACAGCGCAGGUACCAUUACCUUCUCAGAAGUGGGACGGUCAAACAACCUGAUCCACCUCCACACUUUCACCACCACCUUUACUCAGCCGGUGUGCCUGGGCUUUGGACUCUACAAAGCUGAGCUCAACAGCCGCAUCUCUAUUAUUAAAGUCUGAUGUGAUGAAAAGGACAACCGGGAGGAUAAUAACUCUGUUGGCCACUGUGCUGUUUUGUUUAGAGCCUUUCCAAAAUAAAGUGAUGUUUUUUUGGGUUUUUUUUCCCAUCUGUGUAACGACACAAAUUUGUGUUGGAACCUUUGCCAUGAGCUGCUGUUUCUCUGCCGCCUGCUCUCAGAGGCCAAACUGUGUCUUCUAAAGCUGUGAUCUGUUGAUACUGACAUGUUGAUAUAUUUCCAGAAGAGACCAAGGGGACACUACAAGGAAAGGCUCAUUUUAAAGGGGACCAAUUAUGUUCAUUUCCAAUUAAAUAUUUUUAUCAUUUGACUCUAUGGGAGUAUCUCUGGAGUUCAAAAUAACCCUUAUUUCUGUCAUACUGGGCCUCAGUGCAGCCACUCGGUUCAUCCUGUGUCUGAAACAAGCCCUUUUAGAUCUGUUUCCUCUUCCUUAAAGCCAACUUUUAUGGGGCUUCUGUACUCUCAGCUAGAGCUUUGUAUUUGAGACGACCAUAUUAGGAAUAUCCGCUCACGAUGACAUCAUACAGAGCUAAGAGUACAAAAAAAGCAGUCUAAAACCAUCCAUUUACAGCAACUUGAAGCCUGAGCUUUGGGGAUUACCUGCACAUAUGCUGACAUCAUUAUUUGAAACCAUGUUUAAUAUGAGCAGCCACAGUUGUGGUGUCUGUGACAGAAAAUAAGGAGAAGUGUUAUUCCCCUUUAAAGAGGAUAGAAAUUGGUUUAAAACCUGACUGCAACAUUGCUGAGCAUUUUGAUCCCACUGUGAUUAGAAAUAAAGAUGGCUGUUGAUUAUAAUAUAAUGUAGUUAUGGAAAAGUAGGAAAUGUGUUUGGUUGAAAUUAAUGAUAUAAACUUGAACCUUGGCUCAUUCCAGCCUUUUUUAAGCAUCUCUGAAGCUCUACCUCUGUUUUGUGAUUUCCUGUCUAUAUCUAGGAGUGUCUAGACAUUAAGUGCAGGAUCAAAGAAAAGCACAAAAGCAGCAUCUUUAUAGAUCAAAAAGUGCUUCUGACCUGAGAAUCCAGCUUUGUUUACCACCUGGAUGCAUAAAGCCUUGGAAAUAUAGUUGUUUUCGCUUGAAGACGGGUGGCGAAGGAGCUUUUGACUCUUGUGAUGAAAUCACUGUUUUGGCUGGAAAUUACAGGAGGGGGGAAAAAAGGAGAAAACAACUGCCACUCACUCGCUAACUUUGCUCUUUGAAGCUGCUCACACUUAUUUAUCUUUUAGAUUACUGUAAAGGUGAGUGGGCGGAUGCAACAUAG